GAGUUUCAGGUUCGAUUCGAUAAAUGUGCUCGACACUUGAAUUAGGGUUCAACAAUUUCAUCAAUCUUACCAGGUUUUGUCCUUCUCUUUUCUUUACAUAGUUUUCCUGCUUCAAAGAUUUUUUAGAAAUUUCCCAGAUUUUUCAACUUAAUUUUUUUCAGAAAUUCCCAUUGUUGAAGGAAGUAGAGAUUGAGAUUAAAAGUGAAAAUGCUGUGUAGUUUUGCAGUGAAAGCAAGGAGUUUGAGAACCAGGGCAUUUUCCCCUUUGGCAGUCGAAGUAAUGGGGUCUAAGAGGCUCCUUUCAAACUCAUCUGUGUCGGCUUCAUCAACUGUUGAGGGAAAGACAGAUAAGAAGCUCAAGGGAUUAGCUACUGCAGACUUAAAUUCUGAUGAGGGUGAAGUUAAGGGGAAUGCUAGGAAAGGUAAAGUGGCUGAGCAGGGCAAGAAUGAUAAUAAAGAACAAGGUUUGGUGGGUACCAAUCAAAAUUCCAGAGAUGGUGUUUUUAAGGAUAUCAUGAAUGAUCCUGGCAGAAUCAACACAAUGACAGUUCAACAACUCAAGGCUGCAUUGUGGAAUGCUGGCCUCCCUGCCAAAGGUUGCAAGAGUGACCUUGUAUCUGCCUUGAAGACUUAUUUGGAUAAGCAAUUAGAUGGUGAAAGUUCUCAUUUAGGAGAUGAACAACUUUCCUCCAUUUCUGCUCAAGGCAUCUCAGUGGCAGGAAAGACUAACACAUUAUCAGGUGAACUGGAUGCUAAAAUUGUCAUGAAAGGAAGAAGCUUUCAAUCAAGGAAGCCUUCUCAACCAAUCAGGAAAGCAUCUUUGGUUAUUGAUGGCAAAGACACUAAUGAUGGAGUUAAUGUUCCAAUGAGUCAACGUGAACCGUGGACAAUUUUUGCCCACAAGAAGCCUCAGAAAGGGUGGAUAGCCUAUAAUCCAGGAAUCAUGAGGCCUCCACCACUUACAGGAGAUACUAAAUGUAUGAAGCGAAUGUCUUGGAAUGUGAACAGGCUGAGAGCGCUGCUGAAGUUAGAGGGGUUCUCUGCUCUUGAGCUUGCUAAAAGGGAAAACUUUGAUGUAUUGUGCUUACAGGAAACGAAACUGCAGGAGAAAGAUGUUGAGUCAAUCAAACACUCUCUUUUAGAGGGAUAUGAGAAUAGCUUCUGGACAUGCAGGGUUUCCAAACUUGGCUAUUCUGGUACAGCAAUUAUAUUCUGGAUAAAGCUGCUUUCAGUCAGUUAUGGCCUGGGCAUAUCAGAUCAUGUUAGUGGAGGUCGUCUGGUGACCGCUGAAUUUGAUACAUUUUAUUUGCUAAGUGUCUAUGUUCCUAAUUCUGGAGAUGGCUUGAGAAGGCUGCCAUACAGGAUUACAGAAUGGGAUCAAUCUCUGAGCAAUUACAUGAAGGGGAAUAAGAGGAGUGCUGGGUUUACAAAUGAAGAAAGGCAGUCUUUUGGAACAAACUUCAUAUCCAGGGGGUUUGUGGAUACCUUUGGAAAGCAACAUUCUGAUGUUGUUGGCUAUGCUUACUGGGGUUAUCAACAUGGUGGCUGCAAAACUAAUAAAGUAUACGACAUUCCACAUCCGAGGUUGGCGGCUAGACUACUUCCUUGUCUCAGAAUCCAUUGCUGACAAGGUUUACGGUUCAUACAUUCUUCCUAAUGUUACCGGUAGUGAUCAUUGCCCUGUUGGCCUUACAUUGGCACUCUAGUUAAACCGUCAGUAUUUUAGCUAUUGUUCUGACUACCAGAUGGAUUAUCAACCCAAAAAACCAACUCCCAAGAAACUUGAUGGUGCGGACAGUUGGAAAAAAGCAGAUGUAAGUGACCAUUUUGCUGCCCUAAUCCCAGUGAGAAAAACUGCUUCAUAGCUUAACUUACGCUACCAGCUCUGGUUUUCUUUCCCCAGUGAACAAAUUUAUCAAAUAUUUUGCAAGGUCGUCUCCCGUAUGGGAAGGGAAGGGGGUAGAACUUAAAUUUCCAGAGAUUUCACUGAAAUUUUAAUUAGUCGGUGUUUGUACAGUCUAUUUUCCUGAUAUG